AUGAGAAAUGACAGCCCAUGGAGCAUGGCCACUGAAUCUUCCGCCGUCGUCGUCGCUGGCGACGCAAAUUCCACUGAGCCAUGGAGCGCGCGGGUGCGCACCCUCACGCGCCUCGGGCGGCACAGGGAGUCUCUUGCUCUCCUACGUCACGGCGACCCCUCGCCGCCGCCCCACUCCCUGGCGCUCCCGGCCUCGGUCAUCUCCUGCGCAGCGCUGUCCCUCCCCGCCGGCGUUGCCCAGAUACACGCGCUCGCCGCCAAGCGCGGCCUGCUCCCCGCCGCCGACGCCUACCUGCUCUCAGCGCUGCUGACUGCCUACUCCCGCCUCGGCAGCAUCCGGCUCGCCCACCAGCUCCUCGACGAAAUGCUUCUCGAGUCCACACCCCACACCACGCUGCGCACCGCGUUCAACUCUGUCAUCUCCGGCUGCGCCCUCCACGCUCUCCCGGCGGCCUGCUUCGCUCUCUUCCGCCGCAUGCGCGCUGCCGCGGUCCGCUUCGACGCGGUCACCCUCCUCGCGCUUGUCCCUGCCGCGCCUCUGAGCGUCGUGCCGCAGGUCCACGCCCUCGCUGCCCGAGUCGGGCUCGCCACCGAGACCUCCGUGGCUAACUGCCUCAUAUCCACAUACGCGCGCGGCGGCGCGUUCGGCGCGGCCCUCGCCCGGAGGGUGUUCGACGAGAUGUCGCUGGUCUCCCGCGACCUGGUGUCGUGGAACGCUGUGCUAUCAGCCCACGCGCAGAACGGCCUGGCCGUGGACGCCCUCGAUCUCUACCGCCGCAUGCGUAGCCCCGAAGGCGGCGGGGUGGAGCCGGACGCCGUGACGAUCGUCGGCGUGCUCUCUUCCGCAGCGCACCUGGGCGCGCGCGGUGUGGGAUUCAACGUUGAGCACUACGUGCGCCAGAGGCUCCCGGGCUUCCGCACCAACGUGCAGCUGUGCAACGCGCUAAUCAACUUCCACGCACGCUGCGGUAGCCUACCUCGAGCGCAGCAGCUGUUCGACGAAAUGCCCAGAAAGAGCAUCGUGUCAUGGACGGCGCUGCUCACUGGGCACGGCAUGCACGGAAAUGGUGACGUCGCCGUCAGCCUCUUCGAAAGGAUGGUGUCCGAAGGCAUCCGCCCGGACAACGUCGCAAUGGUCGGCCUUCUCAACAAUGGAUACCGUCUACAAGUUGCGGCCCACGCUGGAGCACUACACCUGCAUGGUGGACCUCCUCGGACGUGCUGGCCGCCUGAAGGAGGCUCGAGAGCUCAUCUCAUCAAUGCCCAUGCUGGCCGACGGCGCGGUCUGGGGUGCCCUUCUUGGUGCGUGCAAGAUACACAAAAACUUGGAGGGCAGCCGGACGGCGUCUCGAGGGUACGGGCGAUGAUGAGGGAGCGCGGGCUCAAGAAGGAGCCCGGAUGCAGCUACGUGGAGCACAAGGGGAGGGUGCACCUCUUCAUGGCCGACGACCACUCGCACCCACAAGCGAGGAGGAUCUACGAGCUGGUGAUCAGGCUGGAGCUGAUGGUGAAGGAGAAGUCGGGAGUGAGGGAGAGCGAAGUGGCGGCCGCCAAGGAAGGCAUGGAGAAGGCGGCUGCACAGCCGCUGGUUGGGAUUCACAGCGAGAAGUUGGCAGUGGCGUUUGGGUUGCUGAACACCGAGGCUGGCAGUGAGAUCGUGGUUAUCAAGAACCUCAGGGUGUGCGGGGAUUGCCACUCGUUCUUGAAGGUGGUUUCGACCAAUACCAACCGGGCGUUCCUGGUCAGGGACGCGAGCCGCUUCCAUCGCUUCGAUGGUGGAGUUUGUUCCUGCAAAGAUUACUGGUGA